UCAAGACUGCACUCGCGAAAUAACCGUCCCCACGUUAGGCUGUCCGGUCUAGGGUUUUAGAGCCCUGAGAUUUCCCGCAGAGCCCUGAGAUUUCCGUUACCUUUCUCGCUCCGAACGCUCCCGAUCUUUCAGAACCCUAGAGAUUCUGUUUUCUACAAGGUUUCACUGGGUAGCGACAAUGUCUCGGGUUUACGUUGGGAAUUUGGAUCCCCGAGUGACUGAGAGGGAACUUGAAGAUGAAUUUCGAAUGUUCGGCGUACUUCGGAGUGUCUGGGUUGCUCGAAGGCCACCAGGAUAUGCAUUUGUUGAGUUUGAUGAUCGCAGGGAUGCUCUUGAUGCAGUUCAAUCCUUGGAUGGGAAAAAUGGUUGGCGCGUGGAGCUUUCUCAUAAUUCAAAGGGUGGUGGAGGCCGUGGUGGCGGUGGCAGUGGCGGCGGUGGUGGACGUGGGCGUGGUGGGGGUGACGACUUGAAAUGUUAUGAAUGUGGUGAACCUGGUCAUUUUGCUCGAGAAUGUCGCUUGCGCGUAGGUUCACGCGGCUUGGGCAGUGGUCGGCGUCGGAGUCCUAGCCCUCUUCGACGCCGGAGGAGUCCAAGCUACGGCUAUGGGCGCAGGAGUUAUAGUCCCCGUGGGCGAAGAUCUCCGCGACGCCACAGCAUAUCGCCUCCUCGACGUGGUCGCAGCUAUAGCAGGUCCCCUCCAUAUCGCCGUGCUCGCCAUGAUUCACCAUAUGCUAAUGGUGAUUAAGGGUGGGUGGUAUGUGAACAGAAGUGAAUAUUGAAAUGACCUAAAAGUGCCUUCGAUGCUUUACUAUAGUUCUUAUAGAUUUGCCUGAACGGACAAGAAUCAUGUUAGUUAUGUUCAUGUCGUGACAGUGGGUAUUGUUAGAAACUUGGGUAUGGAUAGCGUCUACGAAGUGUUUAAGCCGCGCCAAAAGGGGUGCUUUGGACACUGUUUUGCGUUGGCUUUCUCUCUUCAGCUUGCUGAAAUUUGGAGGUCUCUUUUCUACUUUAAAUUGCUACCUUAUUACUGUCUAUAUAUAUCUAUAUAUUUUUUUUUAUCUUAACUAACUUUGGUAACUUAGAUCUGUUUGCGUUAGAGAUUCCUAAAAGGUUUACAUGUUUUGUUUUGAGGUGUAAUUUUCGGGUAAAACGGCAUCGUUUCGCCGGAUACUGCAUCUUAGUGCCCAUGGUUCCCCCCAUCUCUGCUUCUCUGCACCAGUCAUCUAGUCGUCGUUGCUCCUGCAUCUUGGUUGUGUGCGGAACCUUUUUAGUGUAAUCAUCUGCAACAAAGCUUCUAACCUAGUUAACCUUUUCGUUAGCUGGUUCACGAAGAUGAAGCUGUUAAUUGCUCUCCUCCUCUCUGCUUCUCUGCACUACUUGUCUGCAUCUUGUUCAGCUUCUAUUGUGUAUCGAAAAUUUAUUCAGAAACUUGGUUGCCUACGACCCUCUUUGAUGAUCUCGUCUGCAACAAAGGUUCCACCUAGUUAACACCCUCACCACUUUAAUGGCUGGUUGAAGAAGAUGAAGUUGUUUAUUGCCCUUUGGUCCUCAUGUGUUUACUGAGAUUAUGGUUCACGGUAAUCAUUUAUGGAAUAAUGCCUGGUGCUUGGAAAAAUAUGCUGAGAAUCAACAUGAAAGAAGGAUUUAGUUGCUCCUAUAAGCUCUUCAGGAUUUUUUUUUUCUGUUAGAUCAUUCAGUAGUUUGUGCACAAUGCUCCCAAAUUUCAGUCAUCCAUAUGAUAUUUCCAUGAUGGUUGUAAUCUGUUGAGCCCGCCACCACUGUCAUUGCAAAUCUGAUUUUUCUUCUGCU